ACCUCAAACUGCCUACAAGCUCAGACUCGGGGCACACAUUACCCGGCAGGCACUUUACCAGCGUAUUGAAGCAAGAUGGCAGCUGUUGUUGAGAAUGUUGUCAAACUUUUGGGAGAGCAGUACUACAGAGACGCCCUGGAGCAGUGUCACAACUACAAUGCCCGGCUGUGCGCAGAGAGGAGCGUCCGCAUGCCGUUCCUGGACUCUCAGACCGGCGUGGCCCAGAGCAACUGCUACAUCUGGAUGGAGAAGAGACACAGAGGACCAGGCGUGGCACCAGGACAACUCUACACGUAUCCAGCCAGGAGGUGGAGGAAGAAACGCAGAUCUCAUCCUCCAGAGGAUCCUCGGCUGAUCUUCCCUCCUGUAAAGUCAGAGCUGGAUUUAGGACUGAAGAAGGACGCUUUGCUGUCGUCAGAUGGCAGCAGCCUGGAGGCGCUGCUAACGGGGGGUUCCCUGGAAAAACGUAGCGCUGCAGAACUCCGCGGAUCGGAGGAGGAUUCAAACCAGAGCGAUUACACGGGCAGUCUGAACCCUGCGGCUCGCAUAAGAAAGAGAAUCAUUGAGCCGGAUGACUUCCUGGAUGACCUUGAUGAUGAAGACUAUGAAGAAGACACACCUAAAAGAAGGGGCAAAGGCAAAGGGAAGGGCCGCGGGGUCGGAGGCAGCCGGAAGAAGCUGGACACGGCGGCGCUGGAGGACAGAGACAAGCCGUAUGCCUGUGACAACUCUCUCAAACAGAAGCACAUUUCCAAACCUUCUGAAAGAGUGUGUGGGAAGCGUUACAAGAACCGGCCAGGCCUCAGCUAUCAUUACGCUCACUCCCACCUGGCCGAGGAGGAAGGCGAGGAGAAGGACGACAUGGACAUGAGCGAGCCCGCCCUGCCACUGCCCGACGAGCCAAAGACUCCCAAGAAAGGUCCGGACGGUCUGGCUCUGCCCAAUAACUACUGUGAUUUCUGUCUGGGAGAUUCCAAAACCAAUCACAAGACGGGGCAGUCAGAGGAGCUGGUGUCCUGCUCCGACUGUGGACGCUCAGGCCACCCGUCCUGCCUGCAGUUUACUCCUGUGAUGAUGGCUGCUGUGAAAACGUAUCGCUGGCAGUGUAUAGAGUGCAAGUGCUGCAACAUGUGCGGCACGUCAGAGAAUGACGAUCAGCUCCUGUUCUGUGACGACUGCGACAGAGGCUAUCACAUGUACUGUCUGAACCCCCCCAUGUCCGAGCCUCCGGAGGGAAGCUGGAGCUGUCAUCUGUGUCUGGCCCUCUUGAAGGAGAAAGCAUCCAUAUACCAGAACCAGAACGUCCCCACAUCAUGAUGGUCACUCAGCCUACCCUCAGUCAUCACCCCUCCCUCCCCCCGGCUCCUGUAGCGGUGCGCUUUCACCCCUGAAGGUACGCACCAGCUUCCUCUGACCCAGCCUGCUCUGGCUCUGGUGAAAAGUAAAAAGGGAAGCGUAUCAUCAGAUCAGACACGACUGUUACACAGUUCCAGCCUCAUAUCCGGGCAAAUCGAUGCUUUUUUUCCCCUCUUGCUUGCCACACAGUGAAUAAAACUCAUUCAGAGACAGAUUCUUAACAGCCAAAUAUCCUUGUGCUCUCCAGCUUCUCUACACAAAGUUCCUCUGGCUGUCAGAACGUCAGAAAUGACUUUUUUUUUUUAAUAUUUAUAUAUUUCUAUGGUAAAUAAUGUUAAGUAUGAAAAUUUGAAGAAAAAAAAAGUGGUGAUGAAAUGAGUUUUUCUUAUCUGUGCCCUGUCUGCAUCAAACCUCCUGCUGCUCUGCUGAUCAUAUCCUCUGAUAUGGAGAUCUAAGACUGUUAGUGUUUUUCCAGCUCAUCCUCUGCCUGCUGCACUUUGACAUUCUUUGCUUAUCAGUGGAGCCAAAGGCCUAGAUGAAUUUGAGUGUUUUGUGUUCCCUUUUUAUUUUCUAAAGAGCUGUGUUUGACUUUUCCUGGCGUUAAAGUCCGACGGCCAGCUCCCUUUGCCUCACCCUGACAUGUGCAGCAUCAGCGCCGUGUAACAGGUCAGCCACACACCUGUGUGGACGUUCAGAGAUCAGGUUGUGAUUACAGUGACACCGGAUGAGGGAAAAUAUUGCUGUGUUCUAACAGUUUACUGAUUCUGGACCCCUGCUGUUAAGUUGUAAAGAGCACAGCAGUGGAGGUCUGCUGUGCUCUUAAAGUCCCAGGAAUAACGCUGGACUCCAGCCGUUUGCUGCAAAUAUAAGUAAAAGCUGGAUGUUUUAUAGAAUACCAGUGCUUCAGGUUAAAGGUGGCUCAACAAACCCAUAAGCUGAUGUUGCUACUGCCUUCUAAAGUUUUAUUAUGGGGACGGGGGGGGCUGCAGUUUCUGCUUCCACAGCUGCAUAUUCUGCAGCAACACAAGUGCAUGCUGGGAACUGCACUCUCAUGCUGCAGUGUCCCUGUGGAUAUUUAAGAUGGUCAAAUGGGGGAGUGGUGUACUAUAAAUUAACCAUUCUUAUUAUGUUCGUUCAAUAAACAUCUCAAUAAUGACUAAAGCAUUACCUGGUUUAUUUCACAUCCCUUUUAAACUACGUUUUGUAUUCCUCAGUAAUGUACCUUUUGGGGGAUUUGGGUUCUGUUCUGCUUGAGCCUUUGGUCCAGAGUCAGGAUAUGGAAAUAAUUUGAGUGGGGAUUCACAUGGAUUCACAUGGUUCAUGAAAUCCCAGCUCUGAUUUAAGUUUAACAUCAGAUAAUCAUGUUUUUUUUCUGGUGUUGGGAGACUUUUGUUAGUUUACUUAGUGGGUGAUUUCUCUUUGGGGGGGACUCUUGUUUGAGCUGCGAUGGAAUGUUUCAUUGUUUGAAAAAAAUGUCUUCAAGAAAAUAAAAUAUUUGACUCUUA